AUGGGAGAUCCUGUUGAUCCAAAUCAUAUAGUUGCGCCUUCUAAGAUUGUAACAUAUGCAGAUAGACUCAAGGGUAGGAAAGAGCUUCCUAAAACCUCUGUGGAUCUUUCUUCUCUGCCAAACCCUACUUUGGAAGAUGGAAAACCUUCUAUUGAGAUUCCUAAUGAGUUAUAUCUAGAAGGAUGUGCGUUAUGGAAGUUUAGUCUUAUUGGAAGGUUAGACUUCAAAGAACUUAGCUUUUCUGACGCUAAAAGAAACCUAGAACUUCAAUGGCAGCUGGGUGAAGGCCGGGUUCACUUUGUUCCGUUGAAUAGAGGUUUCUUCAUCAUCAUCAAGUUAUUGUCGCAGGAGGAUAAAGUGAAGAUUUUACAGGAUGAACAAUGGGUUGUUGCUAAACAGAAACUAAAUCUGAUGGAAUGGUUUCCUAGUUUUGAUGCUGACAAACAAAGAUCUUCGCGUUCCACAGUUUGGGUCAAGUUUCCUGGGAUUCCAGUGGAAUUCUGGAUUGAAAAAACUUUACUUGCAAUGGGGAAAACUCUAGGAUCUCCUAUUGUGGUUGAUAAAAGAACGUUGGCACAUGAGUAUGGACAUUUUGCUUCGGUCCUCAUUGAUAUUGAUUUUGCUGAGCUCAAAUCUGAUGAUAUUAAUGUCACUGUGGGAGAACGUGAGUUUUGCCAACCUUUUGAGAUCCUUAAGAGACCUAAAUUCUGUUCUAAGUGCAGCAUUAUUGGGCAUUCAGAUGGGGAAUGUAGGAAGAAAACAAGAGGUGAAGCUCUCAAAGCUCCGCUAGUUACUGCUGAGUCGCACCAGGCUAUUGUUGACGUUGUUGAGUUGGAACAACAGUUGCAGGAUAGUUUAGCUCAAUCUGAAGCUGUUUUGCGUAUGGCAUCUGCUGAGGUUGAAAAAUACAAGCAAGUCAUUCUUACGCAUUCAGUAUUAGCUAGUAAAGCUAGGUCGUUGAGCACCUCAAGCUUGAAUGCUAAGGCAGGGGGGAAUGUUGAAUUGGCAAGAACUAAACUUCCUCCUCCUGCUAGGAUUGAUAUUUCAUCCUCGUCCACACCUUUGUGUAAUGCGCUUGAAGAAACUUCAGAAUUUGUCUCUAACAACAAGUUUAACAUCCUAAGUGACAAGGCUGGCAAUGAUUUAUUGGUUUUCAGUAAACUUGGUGAGCUUACUAAGCAAGCUAAGAGGCAGUAG